CCAGCGCCGACCCGCGGCCGCCCGCCGACCCUCACGCCUCAACGUCAAAAUCUAUCACGUUACAUUGUGUUAAAUAAUCUAAAUGAUUCUGAUUGCCCUCGCCGACGUGUCAUUGUCAUCGGUGGGAUCAUUGUUGAGUUAUGUAAGUAGUUUUCGAAUGAACAACUUUCGGUGCAACACGAGACUGUUACUUAAUGAGACCGAUCGGUCGAUACGACUUAUGACUUUACAAAUGUGGAGUGUGUCGGUGCAGCGGUGAACGCGUGAGAGGGUGAGAGGGUGAGCGGGUGAGCGGGCGAGCAUGAGGGAGCUAUAACGAAGCAGCGGGAGCUGGGCGCAUGGCUGCCAGCGGCGCGCCCGAGCGGCGGGCGCGACGCGGGCCCGCGCCUAUUGCCUCCUUUGACCACGACGUUUCGGAAGAGUCCAGUCCUGAGACUAAGCAGACCCUUCGGCUUCCGGAAAUACGAGAGGACUCAGCGGGCACUUCGUCAAAAGGCGAAGGCCAGACGAGCUGCAACUCUCUGGCACCGCCUGAGCAGCGUGCGCGCUCGCAUUCUUCGCCGGCAGUGCACGGUGUUGCGGCGGGUGGCCUGACACCUUCGGCGCCGCGUAUCGACAUCUCGCGCGCCUCCAGUUCCAGCCACCAAGAUUCACGCGACAGUUCUCCUGAGCUCGCGCUUUUCACCGGUGGCACGGAAGGGGGCCGUGCACGUCUGGAGCUGGGCUUUCGUGAAGAUGGGGCACUGGAACUCCGCUCGUCUACAGAGGAACUGGCGUUCCUGGAGGGUGCUCCAGGGGAAACUCGACCCGCGCCUCAGCCCUCCGUGUCCCGCCGUCACUCGCGCAAGGAUAGCCAAAGCUCCGAGGCCGCGCUACUGGCUGUGUCGGGCCGAACGAGCCGCCUCUCCAGUGUCGGUUCGCAAUGCUCCGCACACUCCGCGCUGUCAGCUUUCAGCCACACCAGUCGCGUAUCUCAUCUUUCCGUGGUAUCGGGCACAUCACGGUCUCCUUCGCCUCACAAAAUGUUACUGGAGACAUCGUUCUGUGGGCCAAAACCGAUCGAAACCGAUCCAGAAAUUUGUGCCGCUGCCGUGGAGGAGCGGCUUCUCGAAAUCGCAAAGUUAACCUCCGAUCCCAUUCCGACACUUCUCUCGCCGCGGUCUUCGGCGCCGGAUUCUGUUUCGGUCGUCUCCGUGAUACCCCCUUCUACCACUACUCCGCUUACAUCGACUCCUACGUCUGCGACCUCCGCAACGGCUACCCGAGACGCCGUUCCCGAACCUUUAGAUGCCCGAGAUCAUCGUGAAGUACGCACGGAGGUAACCGUGGAGAGCACGCGUCCCCCCAAUACACCGCGAUUGACUUCGCCAGCCGCGCCACUCCCAAUAGCACCUGUAAUACGAGCUAACUGUUCCAACAUCUUAGACGAAGACAAGCGACAGAAAGAAACGCUAAAUAGAGCCCGCGUGGAAGAGAGUCGCGCUCGGUCGAGGGAACGCACUGAACAAUUGCAGUCCGAUAAGUGUAAAAGCUCAAAUCGUUCCAAGGAUAUAAUCAGAAUUAAAUUGAAACCCGACCACGAGUACGAUGACGAGGAUGACGACGACGAGAGCGACAGGACACUUGUGGGGGGCGAACAGGCGCGCAAACCUGCCACCCUUGAGCUGCGGCAGCGUUCGGCGGCAAGUAGUCCAGCGCCGGCGAGGCCGCGCGACUGCCGCACGCCCUCACCAUCGGGGGCUCCCGUCUCGCGCAAAUCUUCCUUUUGUUCCUUAUUUAAAUCUCGUGAAACCAUCGCCUCGCCCGAAUCGCCGUGUGACGUGCUACGUCGGAAAAAAAGUUUGAACGAGGGCCGGUCCCGUAGCAAGAGUCGGGACCGAUCCACCACGCCCACGUCGGCCUCGAAAAUCAAAGGUUCCGUGCUUUCUUUGUUUAAAACUCCGAAAAAGAGUGGCACAUCGCCUUCGCCGAACUCAAGAGACUGUUCGCCCGGCGUCCAGCCUCAGCGCUCUUUCCCGCAUCAACAGGCGGAUAAAUCAAUUCGAGGGGAAAAACUCAAAUAUUACGAGGACUCCAAAGAUGGUAUUAUUCAUAUUCCAUUGCGAACACCAUCGGAUGAGAUAUGCAGUCCCAGCGCGGCGGCGGCUUCCGACCCGGCGGUGGGAGAGCGGCAGAGCGCUGCUGCGGUGGACUGUCGGCCGCGGAGCGCAGCACGCCCUUUCUCCGCCCCGCAGACGCGCCCGCCUCCCGAGCGGCCACAAUCCGCGGCUUCGACGAGCACGGUCAAGAAACCUACCAAGCGUACCGUUCUGCCCGACGGUAGUAUUAUUAUACCGUUACAUUCGCCGACUGAAAAGUCUGCUGAGGACGAACAGACGCGAAAUGUCUCGUCGUCGCCCGGCACAAAAGAACCGUCACCGGAGCGAGGUAGUCCGCCAUGUGUCGCAGUCGGUAGUGAUACAUGCGAUUCUGCCGCACUAUACAACGACACCGCACCGAGGCCGGAGCGAGCGGCCGGUCCCGCUCCCUCCGAAGCCGCACGCGUUCUUGAGGAUGAAUACAGGAAACGAAGGGAGCGCAUAAUUUUCACAACGCACGUCGGAAGCAGAGAACAAGUGUUCAGUACUCAAUUCAGUAUAACUAAAACGCCCAGCGUAACGAGUGAAAUAUCUGAGUCGAUCCCGAGCUUCGUCGAUAGCGAUGAAACGCGUACCGGCUUGCGUGAUACUUACAUCGCAGCAGAGUCGCCGGGCGAGUGCCCAACUCCCUGCGACGGCGGAGCCACGCCGGAACGCGACUCCUCCGGCUCGGAGACCGAUGAGGCGGAGCACGUGGUGCGCAGCGCCAGUGAGGUAGAGCGCCGUGGGCUCGUCGUGCAAGAGUCCUUCGAGGAAGAGUUGCCGUUUGUGCCGACGACGUUGCCUUCGGAGCGGUCCCUUGCAUUGCCCAUGGUGCCGGUGCGCGAGCGCAGUGGCGUGCGCGUGGCGGGCGUGCAGCGACCGCGUGCGCCCCGCCCUGCCGCCGCCCCGCCCGCUCCACCACCGCCGCGAGCACCACCCACCGCGCCAGCUGCGCCCCCCGGGGGUCCGCCCGACAAGCUGCGCAUCAGACUGCCGCGCCGCACGCGCACCGCCUCGGCCUCCGCGCCGCCACGUCCCGAGCGCCCGCGAACCAGUAGUGGAGGAGAUGAAAUCAUAGUCGCGAGUGAGAUGCGGAAGAAGGCGGACUGGAUAGACUUCGAGGACGUGCCGGAGCGUCGGAAGCAGCCGAAGAGAAUACAGACGUUGCCCGCGCCGCAGCGGACCGGCGCGGCGAGCGCGGCGGACGCGGCGGACGCGGAUGAGAGUGCGAGCGCGGGGACGCAGUACGCCGCGCCGGAGCAGUGCCGCUGCGAGUGCCACGCGCGCCGCGACGACGAGCUGCCGCUGCUUGCCGCAGAUGAUCCGCCCGACGACCCGAGCGACGGAGCGGCUUCGGUGCCGUGCACGCAGGCGAGCGCGCGCGUCGAGGUGAGCGUGCAGGUAGCGCACACCCCACGGCACGCGCCGCACGAGCACGCGCCGCGUCGGCGAUCCCGCGCAGACUUCCCCGACCGUGCCGACCACGUGGAGCGGCGCAGCGCGGCGGGCGCGGCGGGCGCGACGGGCGCGGCGGGCGCGACGGGCGCGGUGGGUGCGACGGGCGCGGGGGGCGCGACGGGCGCGGGGGGUACGGCGGGCGCGGGGGGCGCGCAGACGGCGAGGCCGCGCUGA